AUGUCGCCACAGCAAACAUUUGUGCACUCCAGUGGUGCUCCAAUGUACAUGGAAACUUCUUCUGCUCCCACAAACAUUGCCACCAUCAAGUACUGGGGCAAAGCUGAUGCCAAGUGGAAUACCCCUAUCAAUGAUUCUGUUAGUGUUACUUUGAACCAGGAUGAUCUCAAGGCUGUCACUACUGUGGCUGCAUCCUCCUCCUUUGAAAAAGAUCGUUUGUGGUUGAAUGGUGAAGAAGAGGAAGGAGCCGCCGCCAACAAGCGAUUUCGGGCUUGUAUUGAUGGAGUGCGAGCUUUGGCUACCGCAAAAAAGGAUGCUGAUGGCAAAGUUCUAGUGACCAAGGAAGGCUGGAGCAGGAUGAAGAUUCAUGUUUCCAGUUACAACACUUUCCCUACAGCUGCUGGAUUGGCCAGUAGUGCAGCUGGAUAUGCUGCAUUGGUGGCUGCUCUGACUCUUUUGUUUGGAGCAAAAGAGGAAUUUCCUGGACAGUUGACAACUAUUGCUCGCCAAGGAAGUGGAUCAGCUUGUCGUUCUCUUGAUGGAGGAUUUGUGGCAUGGAGGAAGGGGGGCGAGAAGGCAGAUUGGUCUGACAGUCUUGCGGAACAAGUGGCCAAUGAAAAGCAUUGGCCUGAAAUUAGAGCUGUCAUCAUGGUUGUUUCCGAUGCCAAGAAAGAUACCUCUUCCACAGCCGGUAUGAGCACAAGUGUGGAAACUUCCUUGUUGUUGAAACACAGGGCUGAGACUGUUGUGAGCAAGCGCAUGGAAACCAUUGAGAAGGCAUUUUUGGCCAAGGAUUUUGAAACUUUUGGACAGCUCACCAUGGCUGAUUCCAAUCAGUUUCAUGCCACCUGCAUGGAUACGUACCCUCCAAUUUUUUACAUGAAUGAUAUCUCCAAUAGCAUCAUCCGCAUCAUUCAUGCCUACAACAAGUGGGCAGGGAAAAUCAGGGCUGCCUACACCUUUGAUGCUGGUCCCAAUGCUGUUCUCUUCACCCUGGAUGAGUAUGCUGUGGAAGUUGGAGCUCUUAUGCUGCACUACUACCCAGAGUUUGGUGAAAAUUACGUGAAUAAUCCUGACUUUGGAAUGAAGAUCAAGGCAUUCGACUUGGAUGAUGGCCUUUUGGAAGCUACUGCAAAAACUGGAAGAGAACCCAAGUCAGGUGAAGUCAAGAUGAUGUACUACACCAGCAGCGGUCCAGGUCCACAGAGGUUGACUGAUACAAUCCUCAAUCUCGACACCACCACAGGUCUCAACACCUACAUGUACAAAAAGUGA